AUGACAAGCGUAAAUUUCGAAGAGAAGAUUUCAAAAUGGCUGGUGGAUCAGAGAUGCUAUCAUGGUUUUUUGCCGAGAGAAGACUUGCCGUAUGUGCUCAAAAAGAAGGGAGAUUAUAUUUUCAGAGUUACUGAGCGAAAAGUAGGGAAAGACAGAAAAAGAGACAUCGUCCUUAGUUUAGCAUGGCCGACGGAGCCAGUUCCGAUGAUCACUAAUAAGGACAUUAAGAACUUUCUGAUUGAGCGAAACGCGAACACAGUUUGGUUGGAGUUGAACAUGUACUUUCAUUCGAUAGAAGCACUCUACUCGCACUACAAAACAAAUGAGAUUGUUAAUAAGAACAAAGAAAGAUACAAACUCAUUCGUCCCGCCGGAUUGUUUUCCUGGGAAUUCAAACAUUCGCAGAUUGUUCUUGUCAAAAAAGUCGGUCAGGGAGCAUACGGAGAAGUGUAUAAGGGAAGGGUCAAAAAGGGAAACAAGACAUUUGAUGUGGCUAUCAAAGCGAUGCGAAGAGAUUUGGAUGCUGGAGAUGAGAAAAUGAAAGAAGUGAUGGCUGAAGCCCGUUUGAUGAGAAGUCUCAAUCAUCCGAAUAUUGUUAGGUGUCGGGGAAUCGCUGUUCUCGAGCAGCCGGUUUAUAUCGUGAUUGACUUCAUCACUGGUGGUGGUCUUGACUCUUUUCUGAAGAAGAAUGGGAAGACACUUUCUAUGGAUGAAAAGAACAAAAUGGCGAUUUCUGCUGCUUGGGGAAUCGAAUUCAUGCAUUCUCACGAUAUCAUUCAUCGAGAUAUUGCUGCAAGAAAUUGUCUUUAUGAUAAGAAGAAUCUUGUGAAACUCUCUGACUUUGGUCUAUCACGGAAAGGAAGUAGCUAUCGGAUGAAGAAGGCGAUGAAGAUGCCUACAAAGUGGUUGGCUCCAGAAUCUCUUACCACGUUCACAUUCUCUCGUGCUUCUGAUGUUUACACUUAUGGAGUGCUGCUCUAUGAGAUAUACACAUGUCAAGAGCCCUAUAUGACUGUUAAUGCUGGUGAAGCGAGACGAUUGAUUCUGUCUGGAACAUUCCCUAAUUUCUCAAAACACGCUCCUCCAGAACUCAAUGAAAUAAUCAAAAAGAGUGUUUAUCAGUUGGAUCCACUCAAAAGAGCAACAAUGAAAGAUAUUGUGAAGCAGUUGGAAGGAUGGCUAGAAGUUGAAUUGGUUCUGGAUGAAGACGAAAAACCAGACGUGGAUGCAGAAUCGAAUCGAAACAAUGUGACUGCUGAUGAAUCUCAAGGUUCAAAAGUUAAACCAUUUUCGAUGGUUCAAGUUGCUCCACCUACUCAAGUUUCUCAACCACUGCCACCUCCACCACCUCCAGCUCAGCCUACUGUAAUUGCUCCGCCCACUCCGAGAAGAGCAAGCAAAGAAGAGGAAUUGGCAAAAAGCAAGAAAAAAGAACAUAAAAGGGAUGGAUCAUUGGAGCGAGCAGCUAAAGUCAAGGAUAAGGACAAGGAACCAUCAAUCGAGGUCCCAAAUGCUUCGGAGCCAAUGUCAGUGGCUAAUAAGAUGAUGUCGAGUAAUGCUCGAGGUAGUGAUGAGUUGUUGACACCGCCAGAUGAAGAAACAAAACCAUCUUCCAAAGAAACUGAACCGAUCAACAUUCAUAAUAAACCAAAAAAAGAAACAAAAAAAAAUGAAUGA